AAUAAAAGAAUAAGAAUCGGUUCAAAAUUGAGUUAGAAUCGAAUCAACAAUGGAGGCUCUAGUAUGCAGGAAGAUAGGUGAUCCGACAGAGGCUCCGAACUCAUCUGAUAACUCUGCUUUCGCACUCGAAACCUGCCAUCCAAUCCCUAAGCUGGAUUGGUCGACUGCCGUCAGAAUUAGGGUCAAAGCAACGAGCUUGAAUUACGGCAAUUACCUUCAAAUUCUUGGUAAGUACCAAGAGAAACCUCCUUUGCCUUUUAUCCCAGGUUCCGAUUAUUCCGGGAUCGUCGAUUCCAUCGGUCCAAAGGUCUCCAAGUUCAAAGUCGGUGAUCGUGUCUGUUCUUUUGCUCCCCUAGGAAGUUUCGCACAAUUCAUCGUCGCCGAUGAGACUGACUUGCUUCCAGUACCUGAUGGAUGUGAUUUAGUUGCUGCUGGUGCACUUCCGGUUGUCUAUGGAACAUCACAUGUGGGCCUCGCUCAUAGAGCUAAUUUAAAGUCUGGUCAGGUUUUGCUAGUUCUUGGUGCAGCCGGAGGUGUUGGUGUUGCAGCUGUACAAAUUGGAAAGGCUUGCGGGGCAGUUGUGAUUGCUGUUGCUAGGGGAGAUGAUAAGAUACAGUUUUUGAAAUCUAUAGGCGCUGACUUUGUUGUUGACUCAAGCAAAAGUGAUAUAAUUGCAAGCAUCAAGGGAUUCCUUAAUGAAAGAAAUCUCAAAGGAGUAGAUGUUUUAUAUGAUCCAGUUGGGGGUAAGCUUACAAAAGAUGCAUUGAAGCUAUUGAAAUGGGGAGCGCAGAUUUUGGUCAUAGGAUUUGCAAGCGGAGAAGUUCCUGUCAUUCCUGCAAAUAUUGCUCUCGUAAAGAAUUGGACGAUUCAUGGAUUGUACUGGGGAAGUUAUAAAAUUCAUCAACCGGGUGUGUUGGAGGAUUCUCUGAAGGAGCUAUUGUCUUGGUUAGCAAGUGGAAAAAUAUCCAUUAAUAUCUCCCAUGCUUACAGCCUCAAGGAGGCCAACCUUGCAUUUGCUGCAAUAAGAGACAGGAAAGUUAUAGGAAAGGUGAUGAUAAUCUGUGAUAACAAAGCUGCAAAAUCCAAGCUUUAGUGUGACAGUUGGGGAAUAGUAGAAUUUCCUUCUGGAAUGCAUCUGUUUUUGUAAUAAACUAUAAAGACACCUGUUAAUGUAAUAUACAAAUAAAACAUAGAGAGUUUGCUGUUAACAAUAACGAAAUAAGUUGUGAUUUCUUCACAUUGGAAUUUACCUGUUUUAAAUUUUAGAUUUCAAUAAUGUGUUAUCAGGGUCAUUGUUCUUGCA